AUUCUUUUUGCAAGCGAAAUCGAAUAAGAUAAAGUACAUCAAAUGGGUGCUUGUUUCAGUGUCAGAUUGAACACUGAAAAUUCUCAUCCUGAUAGUGAGUUAAUCGUUACCUCGGUACCCCCAAGCGAAGCUGAGAUUUUGCAAGCAGAAAAUUUGAAAUCUUUUCGUUUCAAUGUACUUCAAGAAGCCACCGAAAAGUUCCAUCCGAAUAAUGAACUAGGAGAAGGUAGAUUUAGUACAGUUUACAAGGGGUGGAUUGAUGAACAAUCGCGUGUGGCCACCAAGCCAGGUGUUGGCACUGCGGUUGCUGUCAAGAGGUUUAACAAACAUUAUCCUAGUCAAAGUGACCAAGACUGGUUGGCAGAUAUGGAUUACUUUGGGCAGCUUAAUCAUGAAAAUCUCGUGAAAUAUAUCGGGUAUUGCCUAGAGGGUGGACACCGACUCCUUGUGUACGAGUUCAUGCCUCGAGGCAGCUUAGCGAACCACCUUUUCAUAAGAGGUUCUCACUUUCAAUAUCUUUCUUGGAAGCAUCGGAUAAAAGUUGCUCUUGGUGGCAAGGGACUUGCAUACUUACAUAGUACUCAACCAAAAAUGAUAAACGUUUAUUUCAAGUCCUCUAACAUAUUAAUUGAUUCCGAUUACAAUGCAAAACUUUCUGAUUUCGGGUUUGACAAGAAGAAAAAGAUUGAUCCUGAAUUUGUAGGUGCUGCCAACGCUUAUGAAGCUCAUGAUUAUUUACGCACAGGUAGGGGCGGGUAAAGUUAAUAUUUUUUAGUUGAUAUUGUAACAUGUAAGUCUGUAA